CGCAUCGUGACUACCGGCGCCGUCCGAGCGCUUGCUAUCGAAGUUGUUCGCGGCGCGGGCCUGGCAGUAGGCCUCGGAGAAACGCCUUUCUUGAGUCAGAAGACAAGGCCGCUGCUUCUCGUCUCGCGAUCUGGGAUCUCCCUAGUCAGUCCUUGCUGCCAUUGAGCGAACUCGUCCAUCCCGGUCUCUGCACACAACCCUAACGUUUAUCCGUCACUCGCGCGUCAAGUCCCUCUCUCUAGCUUACUCGAGAGUUUCGCCAUCCCCACUUUUGAGCCUCGAGACCAGCGCUCAGGGUCAUUGCGACGGCACGCAAUCGUCAGCAUUGCACCGGCCUUCAGCUGCGAGAAGAAGCACGCACGUGGUCUCGCCAUUUUGGAAAGAUCAACUUUCUCUCGCUCUCGGCAACCUCCUGCGCCGGUGUGCUCUUCGGGACUCCUAUCACAGAAAAUCUGCGCCGCGCUUUCUCCUCUCCUCGCCGCUGGCUACGUUUUUGCCAUCAAGGAUUGUGAGCUGUUUCUCUGGCGGUCGACAUCGAGUGGGGAAUAGACCGACGCUUCCUCUUCCUCGGCGCGCCGCAUUCUUUACGUUCGCCUUUUGCCGACAUCGAGAAGCUCUUGGGACGACGACUCCGGGGCCUGAUCGCCGAGAAAGCCGGCUUCUGCAUCGGCGGACUCGUUCCUGCUCCAGUCGCAGCGGCCUCCCGAGUGGGCUUGGGAGGGGCUUUUCCGGUUGUUGGGCGGUUGCUCAGACCUGAUAGGGGCAUGGACGACAACAGGGGCCAAAGGAGGCAGAAUGAACCGCCCGUCUAUUCCGCUUCCAGUUCGCGACACCAUCAAGCGCUGCAUGACCAUUCGCAGCAACGGCGGCCCUUUGGGGCCGCGCAAGGGGAGAGAUUCAGGCCCGCGCCACUCGGUGCGUCACCGUCCGGGGCAGCACGGGGAAUGGGCGGCUCGACUGGCUACGGCGGGUAUUACCAGGACACGUCAGCAACCGGAUUUCCAACAACGGCGAUGCCGCAGGGUGCCAUGGGCUAUCACCAUUCCACCGCGGACUACGGACAGCCGGAUUCGCGGCAGACACAGAGCUUUGGGGGCACAUACACCCCGACAAUGAUGUACAACGUGCAGCAAACGGGAGGUCCGCAGGGCGCCGCCGUGUACGAUGCCAGCCAGCAGUUUCCAUCACGGCAGGCUGCAGGACUCCCGAUGAUGGCAACGGAUGUCACGGCCCCUUACUUUUCAAGCGAGCCAGCCAAUACGCCGGCCCCGUCGACCCUGCAGGCCCAGACGGCGUCUUCCAGCGCCACCCCGGUAUAUCAGCAGCCCGGCUUGCAUGGCUAUUCCACCGGUGGCAUGGCUGCCAUUGGAGGGAUGGCGGCGCAAUCCACCCCAGCAGCCGAAGUGAGGAUGGAGGAAGAGUAUCCCGCGGCCGAAGGCCUGGACGAAGCGUACGCAGCUUAUCAAUCGGCACUCAAGGAGAUCUUUCAGAACAUCCGAAACGGCGUGCUUGCGGAGGCCAGCGAGUCCCUCCUCAAUGUGUCAAACUGGCUAUUGUCGCACGUUGUGGACUUGGGCCUUACUUCUGACGACCAAAAUCUGCAUGGAGAGCGAAUCAAGAUGUGGAAUGACUUCAACCAUGCCUGGUUGGCGAUUUGCCAACGCCAGAAAGAAAUGAUGGAGUCCGGACAGCAGCUGCAGCGCUCCCAGAGCCUCAUCCCUCGGGAAGGGCUGGAGAAGAUGGGCAAGGAGUUGGUCAAGCUCUGCGACGGCAUUGAGCGCCACGGUCUCGUCGAUUACCAAUAUGGCGUGUGGGAAGAACAGAUCGUCGACAUUCUCGAACAGUGCUUGGAUCUCUAUGAGCCUCCGAGCGCAUCCCCCGCCGGCGGCGGCGGUGGUGGUGAAGGAUCGUCGAACAACCGCCGCCGCUGAAGGAACCGAGAUUCCCUGGGGCUUCUGCUGCUAGCUGACCCCAAAAUGCCUUCAUCUGUUCCUACCUUCAUCAAGACGCUAUGUGCCACCAGACUGUCUCCCUCGCUGACAUGCCUGACUUACGUUUUUAUUGAUUUUGUUUCUUCUUGCCAUCUUCGACCGUUUGACGAUUUCAAAGUACUACGGGCACCGGCAGGGAGUUGCUGGAUCGUCUGAGUGUCUACUAUGCGGAGUCGGCCGGAAGUUGUAAGAACAGACGGGUGGUUUACAGGCGCGGUGCAUUCCUCCCAUUCACUUGGCUGCUUUGCUUGCGGGGUGGUUUUCUGAUUUCUGUUGUUUUCCUACUUUGGGCUGGAGCUUAUCACAGAGAAGGGGGAUUAGAAGCUUGCCUUGCGGCACCCCGAUGAAGGGAGUAAGGGGGAGGUCAAACCCCCCUGCUGGUUUUGGAGUUCUGGAGGUUCUUGCUUUUGUUCCAAUAGGAACGGGGAAGGGGAAAGCGAGACACGCAGCUGGACGUCCCGCUUAAUGGCAGGCACACACACAUACAACACGCACACUCCCGCGAGGGAGAUUCAUGGG